UUCCCUCGGAAAAAUAUCCAAAAUCCCCAAUUCCGUUAGGGUUGUGAAAUCAAUCAUGAGGAGGAAGGUGAAGCGAGAAUCUGAAGCAACCGGCGAAGGCAAUGGGAGGAGAGAUGUCGACGAGUCUGCGAAGAAGGAGAAGCAGAAGAACAAGGGCGUAGAUGACUCUGUCCCAAUCGACGAGCCUCCGACUCAGGAUGAAGAGCAGGGAAUUUAUGAGCGGAGGAUUCUCAGAUCUCAGUAUCUCGCUCUUAUUCACAAAAUCAGCGAUUCUAAAGAUGACUUGACGAGGGUCGAUUCUGACAAAUUCUCCAGAAUUUUCAGUGAAUUUGAGAACCUGCACCAGAAAGUUCAGAAGCCAAGAGAGCAAGUUGCAGAUGCAGAGGCGUUUCUGGAUAUAGCGAACACCAUUAUGUCCUCUGUCAAGUCUCACUCUACUAAUGGGGUUUCUCCUGCUGAGUUUGUUAAUGCUUUGGUCAAUGGAUUUGGUCAGGCUUCUCUAGGCGUUGAUGAAACUGCUCCUGUAUCUAUCAAAUGGAAGGAUCUUGGGCUUGCUGUCUGCUCUACUGUUUUUGUAUCAUGUGGUUGUUCCACUAUGUUGGGACCUAUGAAUACUGAAUUGAAGGAAAGGAAAAGGGCAGUCUACAGAAAGCGUACAAAGCCUGGUGAAGGCGUUCGCCCAGAGGAGGUGGAUGAUACACAGUCAGAAGAGAAAACUGAUACAGACAAGAACAUGGCGAUAAUGUUUAACAUCUUACGGCAAAAGAAGCGCGUGAGGCUUGAAAGUUUGGUGCUUAACAGAAGAUCAUUUGCUCAGACUGUAGAGAAUUUGUUCGCUCUAUCUUUCUUGGCCAAAGACGGACGAGUAGAGAUCAUUGUUGAUAAGACCGGUUCUCAUUUUGCCUUGCCGAGAAACGCACCUGCUGCAAAUCUGGUGAUGUCAGGGGAAGUCAUCUAUAACCAUUUUGUGUUUAGAUUUGAUUUCAAAGACUGGAAGCUGAUGUCUGAAAUGGUGCCGAUGGGCGAAGAGCUAAUGCCACACAGAGAAAUUGCAAUCGCUUCAUCUUCUUGUCCCUCAGACUUCCCACAAGAUUCUCAGACAACGCCAAUAAGAAAAUUCUCGAGAAACCGAGGUUUGGUUGUACAGGAAGAUACUGUUGUUGAAGAUUCUCCUGACAUCGAGGGGGAUGGAACUCGAAAGAGAUGUAAGCGGAGACUCGCUUGAGAACAUAUUAGUCUUGUUGUAUUUAGUAUAUAACUAUAUAAGAGUAGUGUGUUAAAAACUCCCGAUGCUGUUUGAUUUUUGUGACAUUAACUAAAUGUCUUGUUUAGUAUUGUUUUGUUUA